AUGGACGACGCAGAUUCGCCUCUAUUCAAGUCCUUACCUGCCAGCGCGGCCGCAUCUUCGUCAUCCAGUACGCAUCUUCUCUCCUCACACUUGUCUGGGCUUGACUCAUGUCUGUGUGUGUGGCUUUGUGACGUUUUCUCACACCUCAGACGAAAGUGGGUCCGUCCCUUCUUAUCUGAAGCUCUAUCGCAAGUGCCGUCACAGUCGACGUCAACCCCCUCGGGCACCUCCACCGACACGGAGACGGACGCAGACUGAUUACUUUUCUGCGGGUGAGACAACAACCGGAUCGGGUGAGACGAAUACAGGGAAUGCAGACACACUUGUGACAUGUUUGUGCAGCAAGCAACGGGAGAGAGGCGCCUGAGCGGCAAGUCCUUGAGAGGGCCUCCGAGGCGCGGCACAAUUUCCAUCGCACCCUCCAGCAACUCGGUCGUGCAGCGUUCCAGCCAACCGCAGCUCUCGACGACCCGGCCAUCACCACCUUUCUGGAGAAGGUCAGGCCCCGGCCGCCGCUUGUCUUGAACUCGCGGCCGCCAUCACCGAUGCCCGGCUCCUCGCAUGACCCUUCUGCUCGUGACAAAUAUACCAUCUGCCGCUAUCCGCGUGACGACUUCUGGUGCACCCACUUUGUCGACAGACACCCGCUGCCCCCUCGCUCUGCGUCUGCUUUCUCUCCCAUUCGGCAGCCGGCUGUGCGAUGGGAGGCGCUGAGUCUUGCCGAGCCUGUUGACGGCAUGAGGAUCUUGUCGGUGCGGUCGCGAAACACGGGCAGGUUUCUAUACAAGCAGAGGACAGAUUCCAUCGUCUUGUGGGGAAGUGGAAGCAGCUGUGAUGGGGAUAUACAGCAGAGAACGAAAGGACAGUACGAUGAUGAGAAGCGGCCGUGUGAGAGGGAUGGCGGGAAGUGCUUGCUGCUGGAGCGAACGCAGGAUGACGAGGUCUUUGACCCCAGAUUCAGCGACCUGAGGGCCUCUGUGCGAGUGCUGGAUCGCUGGAUUGGUAAUACAACGUCUGCUCAGUUCUUGGUGGCACAUGAUGCGAUAAUGUGGUGUGCCUCUCUUUUCAAUCGAUCAGAAAGCCUCCCACGUCGGCUGAGAGAUCCGUCAGCUCUCCCUCCUCUGUCGUCUAUCUAUCCGCCGCCCCAAGCCGCUUCGCCCCCCUCAUCAGCCAAGUCGCCUCUGCGCGAGACACCUGCUCAACACCAGCAGAUGCCAGCCCGAUUCACGAGGAAGAGAAAGCCUGAUAUCAGGUCAUUCAUGCACGUGUGUGUGCCUGUUGAAUCGGUGUGUGUGCCUGUUGAAUCGGCGGUUGUUAUAUCCUGCACAGGCCUCAUCGGCAGGCACGCAUUCAGCCCUCCCUCCCAGCUCCGGGCCCAAAGGGCGACCCUUCCCCCCUCUUUCACUACGACAAACCCACGGAUGUCUAUGUGCCUGUUCCGGCGCCCCACCAGCAAACCACUAAGAAAGAGGACAAACUGUGGGAGCGGAUCGAGUCUCUUCCUGACUCUGACAUGGUGAGCUCAGUGGUUACAUGUCUGUUCAUUGGUAGGGUCAGUCACUGCCUGUGUGUCACGAUCAGGCUCCAUCGGUUGAAGCCCCUGAUGGCAAAGGUCAGCCUAGGCAGGGGGAGGAUCGCUUGAAGGUGAUCGAUGAGCUAGAGAACGGGCAGAAGCUGAUGGUUAGGGAAGAGUCAGGAGAAAUGGACCAGAAUGACACGUGUUUUCCUUGCUGCUAG